AUGUCCAUAGAGCAUUGCGAUACGAGGCGCGAGCCCACUGAGCGUCUCACCAUCGCAGUCCAAGACGCGCUCCCUCUCGUCGCCGACAAGCCCACCCUCUUCAGUCUGCCGGGCGAGCUCAGAAACGCAAUCUACCACCUUGCGCUUGAUAAGGACUACCAACGGGUACCCCUCAAUCCCGUAUACCUCAACAAGCCCGAUCCCUACAUUGCACUCCUCCAGACAUGCUCCGCCGUCUACCACGAGGCGCGCAGCUACAUGGUCGAGAAGCAAACGGCCUACAUACCUGUCAUGCCUGGUCUUGACUGGAGUUAUGGAGAGCCAGCAGCGGACUAUGGCUUGUCGCGUGCGACAAAGGAUACGACGAUAUGUGCACUGACGGAUUUCGUGAGUGUGCAUUUUCACUUGCACCUCGACUUGUCGCCGGAGGAGGAUUACAGCCCGGAAGGGCUACUUGAUGUACUUGCGCAAGCUAUUGAGAUCUUCGCGUCACACUCAUGGCCCCUCUAUCUCAAGCACAAUCUUUGCAAGCGACGCGCAGUCGUCCAUCUCGACCACCUGCUCUCGCUCUGGCCAAAGCUCUUCUCCAACCAAAACUGUAUCGAUAUCGGAGCUCUACAACGCCUCAUCGAACUCAUGGCGCGGGAUAAGAUGACAGACUGGAAGAUGCGAUACUAUGUGGCGACCGGGCAGGCCAACACCCAAAUUGCGUAUGGUUACUGUCACAGAUACAACAUCCAAGACACAGAGCUGGCGCAGAUUUGCGAUUACGCUCGCCCGUACAGUAGCAUCAAAGUUUUCGCGGAGAUGUACGGCGAAAAUACAGCAUGGGAUUAUGGCGAUGCGACGGGAUGCGUGACGCGUAUGCGCACGCCUGUUACCGAGUUCUGGCCAAAUCUACAUUUUGAUGCGCACAGGUAUCCCUCUGUGCUAUUGGGGUCCUUUCGCUUCGAAUACCGAAGUAAGUUUGAGACGAGCUUGCAUGGAAUAGAUCCUCCAGCUAACCUGUCUAAAGGAAACAUGCUGAUUGAUCACUUCGACGAGGAGGUCUUACAAGCGAGACACGCUCGUGGUGGAGGAUGCAAACUGUGGUUACUGGAGCUCGAGAAGAAAAUACACAUACGUGAUGCGGAAGAACAUGGGAUCAAUGACGAGGAGAGGUUUAUACUUACUAAUGCGGCGCUUGGUGAUUUCACGGGAGGAUGGGAAUUUCUGCUCGAUUACGAGCGUGCAAACAGGGAGGUGCACGAGACUGUGGCUAGGGCAAGAGAUUUACACGAUGCUGCUGGAUUUGGAACUUGCGAGGAGUGA